AUGAAAAAGACACAACAAUGUGUAAUUGUGCCCCCUAAUUCCCCCCCAGACAAGAUGGUGUCCCAGCUGGUGAUGAGGGGGAUCCACCGCACGGCUAUGACCUUCGGGAUGGCGUUCCUGCUGGGGGGCGUUGUGAUUCUCACCAUCUCCGACCGAAUGUUCAUUUUGGGGGCCUGUUUCUUGGGGCUCGGCAGCCUGGUGGUGAUUGGCUCUUUCCUGGUCUCUGUCUCGUCCUGCGUGAGGAAGAGGAGGAGGAACGACAAUGAGGAGGAGGGGGGAGCACAGGCCCAAGCCCGGGGCACAGGACAGACUCACAGACAGACACACAUGGACCCUGCCCAGUACGAUGCCCCCCGCUAUGAGGAUGUGAUGGUUCAUGGACCUGCGACCGUCUGGACUGUGACGAUUGGGCCGGUGCCGGAUAUUGAGCCCCCCCCAUACAGAGACAUCACAGGUGGGAAGGUGGAGCCCAUGGGGGGGAUCCGGGUGCAGCGCCCCACCAUGCUGAGAAUCAGCUCCGACAUCCAUGAAUUUAAGAACAAUGGGGUGAUCCUGGAGGAACGUUGGCCGGAGCCCCUCACCCCCCCACCAGAUUACAGAGAGGCCGAGAUACAGUGGGAGGAGGAUUUUGAGCAAACGACCACUGAACAGAGAGCAAGCUCUGCAGGACAGAGGGAAACUACACAGUGAUUGGGCAGAUACUCUGCAUGAAAGGGCUUAGGAGCAAUGCUCUGCAGCACAAAACCAAUGUAAAUGAUCUGUGGGCCUAGCCAAGGACUAUUGCUCUGCAGGACUGACCAUUGUACAAUGCUCUGCAGGACAAAACCAAUGCACAAUGCUCUGCAGGGAUGGCCAGGACUAUUGCUCUGCAAGACUGACUAAUGCACAAUGUUCCACAAGGACUACUGCU